CCAGCAUGGCGACAGUAAAGCUUCGCUCAGUGUUUGUUGAAGCUAUUUAGCCAGUACCUCAUUUUGCCCCGUAAACAUGUUCGCAUUUGAACAACCCGAGGCUUCUGGAUAUCCCCGACCCCUGCCGCCACCCCUUUUGAAUAUAUCUGAAGAAAAUGGGAUACCUUGAACUUAACAUUUCAAUGGAGUCAAGGACAGGGAGUGUAUCAUCUGGACUAGAGGACAGCUCUGGAGUGAGAAGGCAGAAAAUAAAAAACGUCCCUUUCUGUCCUCAGUCCUCCAGCAAAGCGGCUCAGUCCAUCGUUAAAGAUCACAUGUUGUCCCAUUAUAAAAAACUUUACUCAGCUAAAGCUACUAUUGAUACCUCUGCACCCAAAAGCUUGAUGCAAAGUGUGAAGUACAAUGAUCAGAUCAGAAAGCAACAGCAGUGGAAAGAUGAUCGUCCUUCUUCAGCGUUCUCUUCUUCACAUAGGAAUAGCAGAACUUCCUGUUUCUCAGCGCAUUAUGAUGAGAACCCCUACCACUUCUCAAGAAGCUCCAUCAUGGCCUCCACCCCGAGAUUAAACAGUUCCUUCAAUGCCAAGGACACUGUUUACCCAUCCUGUUCAGUCAAUUCCCAUUAUGCCCGCCCGUCAUCAGAGAGAAGAUACCGAAGCCCUGACACAACUUUUCAAAGAAAGCAGUCCACAUGUUCGCUGGUAGCUUCAAGAGAUCAGGGUUGCUACAAGACCUUCCAGGAUCCUGUGAAGAAGACGUACAGUGGAGACUUGCUCGAAAAACAUUCCCAGCACUUUACUCAAGAGAAACCAUUCACUCCCAAGACCCUGAAGUCAGAUAAGAGUUCAUACCUGUCAAGAUAUCGCUACUACAGAGGACCACAGAUUAAAUCGUCUCAGGAUGACAGCAACUCAAAACUAGGUGGAGAGACAGUUGGUAAUAGCUCAGACCUCGAAGAAUACACUGAAAAACCUGAUGGGCCAUCCCAGGAAUAUUCCACAGAGCAUGAAUGGUCUGAAGAUGAGGUCACUGGCUCAUACUUAUCACCAUUGCAACAUGAGCAUAAAACAAAAAGCAAAGACAAUUCUUUCUUUGACUCCUCAUCCAGGUUCUCCCCAGAAGUUGGGAAGUCCCCUAUUAGAAGCCUUAUCUUGGCAGAAGAAGAAGAAUUGCUGUACCUUGAAUUCAUUUCUUCUGUGACUGAGGAUAUCCUGUCCAGGGCCCACAUCUCUGACAGGAUACUCAAUCGGGUGAUGAAUCGACAUAUUGAAAAGAAUCUGCAUCGGCUUGAUGAGGGUAAAAUGCGCCAUCUUCUGGAAGUGUUGCGUAAUGAAUUUGAGGAACGAUCCGACAUAUCCUCCUCAACUGAAGAUCCUCUGAAACAUGGGAAAGCUUUACUAGAUUCUGUAUUUUCGAAUUUUGAAUUUGGGCCCAAGCCAGUAGAGACUAAAGAAGAUGAUGACGCCAUUACCCGUGCCUUACAAAUUAAUCAUCCCGAUUUGUCAGAUUAUGACGAUCUUUCAUGGGUUUCUACACGCCCAUGCUUUCCUGUAAAAACUGCUUCUUCAACCAAAACGAGGGCAGAGGACGAGAAGAAGGAGAAUGAUGAAGAAGAUGUUGGCUUAACGUUUUGUUGCAGUGAUCUUUUAGACAGUAGUCAAGACCGCCAAGGGGACUUUCUUCAGACUGAUGUUACUGAAAUGAAUGUCCAGAAUGAAAACUAUGAGCACACUACCAUGAGCAGUGAUGUGAACCAAAGUGAUGAGCCGUCUAAGGAGACAGAGAAUCUGGGAAACAUUUUGUCAGAGUCCUUACAUAUGUCUAGCAAAAAAGACUCUGAAAACGCAGUAGCUGCUGAAGAGACAAACUCAAACCAACAUGAAGACGUCAGUGACGAUGACUUCUGAGCUGUGCUGUACUCAGGGAUUGAAUGUGGUUUUUAUAUUUGGUUCUCGGAUGAUGUUGUUUCAGACUGAACAGAAAGAAGAGGGUAUUCUUGAAGAUUUGUGAAAGUCAUUUAGCACUGGUUAUGUCUCACAAGGCACAUCAAGAAGGUGUUUCAUUUGUGUUUUAGUCUUUUUAAUGAAUUGUUUUCUUUUAAAGUUCAAUGAAAAUGUUCCUGUUGUUUUGAGAAGUCUUUAAACUGGGGUUGUACUUGACCAUAAUUGUAGUUGAGCUAUUAUCAGUGUUAUUUAAAAAAAUAAUAAUAUGCAGAUUUCUGAAGCCUAGAUGUGUGAAAUAGUUUAACAUAAAAAAAAAAACUUUUUAUGUGAAAACUUUAAAAUGGCAUCUAUCAGAAAAAGCCCCGUUAGUUUAUUUGCAUUGCCCACUCAUACGCCCAUGUGCAGCUGUAGCAUAGGCACUUGUUUUAACUAUGUAUUAAUAAAAAGCAACAGUCCAUACGUUUGUUAAGUUUGCCUUUUUAUGCGUUUGAUAUGCAGCUUUUACGAGCUUCACCAGAACGUGUCUUCUGUUUGCAAUAAAUUGUUUCUUCUUGA